ACUCACAGAGACCCAGGUCACGUGACUGACCCCUUCGCCCCGCCCCCUUUCAUCUUCUCUCCCCCGAGCCCCGCCCCCUGGCCACGCCUCCUGCGUCACGUGUCCACGGGCCCUGACAUCCGGGGCCCUGACAUCCGGGGCCCUGACAUCCACAUCCGGGCCUCGCCUGAGCCAACACGUGCGCAGCCUGGGCCCUUCUUCCCGCCACUUCUCCGUCGACUGCCUGCAGAGGGGUCAAAGGGUGUGCUUGGACGUGGGAAACACAACGCGAGAACGAGAUGGACGUCAGCUGCCACCACAACGAGACGAUCGCAUUCUUCUACCGCAACAGCAACAAGCCGCUCUACGACGAGUGGUCCUUCACCAGCACGCUGGUCAUGGUGCUCGGCCUGACCUUGUGCCUCGGCAUCAUUCUGGCCAACGCCCUCGUCAUGUUCGCCGUGUACAUCAACAAGACAUUCCACCACCCCGUCUACUUUCUCAUGGCCAACCUGGCCGCGGCGGAUUUCUUUGCCGGAGUGGCGUACAUCUACCUGGUUGUCAACACGGGGCCCAACACUCGCAAGCUGUCGCUGGAGACCUGGAUGCUGCGCCAGGGGCUGAUCAACACGAGCCUCACCGCCUCCGUCGCCAGCCUCCUGGUCAUCGCCAUCGAGCGCCACGUCGCGCUGUUCCGGAUGCAGCGGAUGAGCGAGCGGCGCGUCGUGACGGUCGUCGCGAUCAUCUGGCUCGUGGCCAUCAUCGCCGGCGCCAUGCCCACCAUGGGCUGGAACUGCGUCUGCGACGUCGGCACGUGCUCCACCAUGGCGCCGCUGUACAGCGCCAGCUACGUCGCCUUCUGGGCCGGCUACAACCUCUCCAUGUUCCUCAUCAUGGCGGGGCUCUACGGCCACAUCUUCGUGAACAUGUGGAGGGACAGGAUACCCGUGCUGCAGAAUAGCUCCAGGUGCUCCCGGAGGCAAGACGCCCCCGUGAGCUUGCUCGUAACGGUCACCAUCAUGUUGGGAGCCUUUAUUGUGUGCUGGACGCCGGGCCUGGUGAUUCUGCUGCUGGAUUCCUUCUGCUCGGACUGCAACGUCCUGGCCUUCGAGAAGUACUUCUUGCUCAUAGCGGAGCUCAACUCCGCCAUGAACCCCAUCAUCUACUCGUUUCGGGACACGGAGAUGAUCGCCACUUUCAAGCGCAUCCUGAGCUGCCGAAAAGCGGGAUGCGUCGCAGCGAGCGGCUCCGAAAAAUCAAUUUCCACGUCGAAUCCCAACCUGGUUACGGAGAUCGGUCACGUGACCACCGCGAGUGCGAUGAAGAUGAAUCAGAUUGUCAUCUAAUAUCUAAUUGGGCUAACCAUGCAUGUUUUGAUAAUUGUUCUUUUACCCUUCUAUCUGGCAACAAA